AUGUUAUCAGCAUCUGAGUAUUUUGUAUCGUAUGAAGAGGAGUUUUUGUCUGUGAUUCAAGGGAUAGAACGUUUAGUAUUAAAAUGUAUGAGCGUUGAGGAAGGAGGGAGAGGGGAGAGACUAACACAGGAUGAGAUAUCGGUAUUGGAGCAUCGAUUUCAGGAUGCAAGAAAAUGCUUGGAUCAGUUAAGAGAUGAGGUAAUGACAUUAUCUAAGAAUUCAGUUGAAUAUCAUUCAUAUAAAAGAUACCAAAGAGUGUAUGAAGAUAUAUAUAAAAAGUUCGACACAUUUAGAGAGGAAAGUAUGGUUAGCAGUUACUAUUCAGACAAAGACUUGGAUAUGAAUGUAAGUAUUAGUGGUAAUGAUGGACAACAUUAUUUAAAACCAUCAACAAAAGAAUAUAAUAUGGGAGUAUCUACAGAAGAUUUGAUAAAGAGGAAUGAAGAUAAUUUAAGGAUAUCUGCUCAUCUAGCUCAAGAGACACAGCAUAUAGGACUUUAUUCCUUGAAUACUUUAACAGUCCAGAGGGAUAAUUUGACAAGAAGUAAAUACGGUUUAAAUAAUAUAGAUUAUAAUAUUAUGGAGAGCCGUAAAUUGGCAAGUACAUUAUAUAAACAAAAAGUAAUAGAGAGAUUGUUGUUGUAUUUUAUUAUAUUUGUAUUAUUAAUAGCAAAUUUAUAUGUAUUUUUCAGAAGGAUUAUUGGAAAAAAGUGA